AUGGCACCGGAAAAUGACACUGCAGUUACUGAGUUGAUCCUGGAUGGUUUCUCAGGGCUUGAUGAAAGGCUGCAGCUGUUUCUCUCUCUGCUCCUUCUGCUCAUCUACCUGACAACAGUGCUGGGGAACGUCACCAUCAUUCUCCUGGUGUGUGUGGAUCGCCGCCUGCAAACCCCCAUGUACCUUUUCAUCAGCAGCCUGGCCUUCCUGGAAAUCUGGUUCACAUCCUCCACAAGCGUCAAAUUGCUUGUGAUGCUGGGUGCUGGCAGGAGAACCAUCUCAGUAAGUGGCUGCUUUGCCCAGUCCUAUUUCUAUUGUGCCCUGGGCUGCACAGAGUUUGUCCUACUUGUUGUCACGUCCUUCGACCGUUGUGUUGCCAUCUGCCAACCUUUGCGCUACGCUGCCAUCAUGCAGCCUCAGCUCUGCAUCUCCCUGGUUGCUGCUGCUUGGCUCCUGGGCUUCACACUCCUGAGUUACCAUCUGGUCCUCCUCUACCAGCUGACUUUCUGUGGCUCCAACAAGAUCCAACAUUUCUUCUGUGACAGCUCCCCCUUAUUCAAACUGUCCUGCUCUGACACCAGCCUGCUUUGGAAAAUAGACUCUGGUUUCAUAUCAUUUGUCCUGUUCAGUUCCUUAUGCUUCAUUCUGGCCUUUUACACCUGCAUCCUUUUGUGUAUUCUACAUCUUCCAGCAGCCUUGGAGAGGAAAAAAGCUCUUACCACAUGCUCUUCCCAUCUCUUCACUUUAGCCACUGUAUAUGGGAGCUGCAUAGCUCUCUACACACAUCCCUCAGGAGAUACGUCCUUGGACACCAGCACCAUGGUAGCUCUGCUGAACACUGUCCUGUAUCCAUUCUUAAAUCCCUUCAUCUAUAGUUUUAGAAACAAGGCUGUGAUAGUGGCCCUGAAGGAAGCUCUUGCUGGGGCAGCAAUCAGACUUUUCUCCUGA